AUGGAUGAUGAAAGGAUUGCAGUGGACCCGGACCUCCAUAGGCCUAAUGACCCCGACUAUCCCGAUGACUGGCAGUCGGAAACAACUUCCAUCGGCUCCUCGAUCUAUAAGGGUAUGAUGGAAAAUGGCCGUCGAUACCAGUCACUGCGCAAUGAAGAAUAUUGUGUUCCUGCCGACGAUCAGCAGUUCGAGGCUUAUGAAGCUGGACACCUGUUAGCCCUCAUAUUGGAGGCUAAUACAGAUAACCCCCUCUUCCGAUCACCGGUGGGCAACAACCCCAAGCAUAUCCUUGAUUUGGGAACUGGAAAGGGUAAUUGGGCCAUCGAUGUGGCGGACAUGUUUCCCAAUGCCACGGUUCGCGGGGUGGAUUUGUUCCCGCCGCCUGUUUCAUGGAUGCCACCCAACUGUGUGCUAGAGGUCGAUGAUGCACUUCGGGAAUGGACUUGGAGGGAGCCAUUUGACCUCAUCCAUAUGCGCAUCAUGACCGCGUCGUGGACCGAUUCAGAAUGGGACCGGAUCUAUCAACAAUGCUACAACAACCUGCAGCCAGGCGGAUGGAUCGAACAACUAGAAGCCAUACCUCCCGUCGAGUGUGACGAUGGCAGCUUGCCAUCGGAUAGCAUCCUCAACACCUGGGGCCCAUACACUAUGGAUUGCGCCAGAAAGGCAGGUCGAGAACUGAACGCCAUGGACAUCAUGACCGAGAAGAUCCGCCAAGCUGGUUUCGUGGACAUUCAUGUAAAGGAAUAUAAGUGGCCUAUUGGCCCGUGGGCCCGAGACCAACAGUUUAAGGAGGCCGGCAUGGUUCAGCUCCACCAUUGGUUGUCUGGUAUGGACGGUUGGUGCAUGUGGCUGCUCACCAAGUUUGGAUCGCCGCAGCCGUGGACUAAAGAGGAGGUUCAGAUCUAUGUGGCUAAGUUGCGUAAGGAUAUCAAGAAUCCGCGCUAUCACACUUAUCAAAAAGCGAAACGCGUGUGGGCACGUAAACCGUUCCCGGACGAGAUAUCUAAGGUGCACAUAAAGAAGGAGGAUAUCGAGUGA